UUGUGUCAUCCUCUGUUCUCUGCAGGGCAGGACCUAAACAGCUGCUCCGCAGUAAAACCAGCCCGGGUCUCCCAGCGCGUCUCCAAUCCGCUCCAAUCCUACAGGCUGUGCUACGUGCUCAGCUCACAACACUCGGCUUUUCUCUCUGACACAUCUCCGUUAUUUGUAAAGGAGUUCACCUGAUCCAUGUAAUUCACUUUAAUCCAAGAUUAUUGUGAAUAUUCACAGACAAAAGCAGAGCCUUUAUUUUCUACGUUUUAUUGGUGGAUUUGGAUUACACGUGUUACAGUAAUUAAUUUGAUAUUUAUUUGUGAGCGGUUCUGUCUAGUAGACUCACCACUGCGAGGACAGGCUGAUCUUGACAGUCACAGCGUGCACCAGAAUCGCACGUCGUCACAGGACUCCGGGGAGAGCUGACAGAUUGCUCAGCUGGUGUUUGCAGCUGUAUCCUCGGCGCCAAAAGCGAGAUACACUGCCAAGGAAGGCUUUAUCUACCGGUUGGAUGCCAUACGAGGCUUUGUAGGUCUUCUUUUAAUUGCCUCGACUCGUUCUCUUGGAUCUACACCUUGCUGUUUGGUUGUCAGUAUGGAUUUCCUACCGGCUCUUCUAUUCUUUUUUCUAUCCGCUGUCCCGUUGUCGGCGGACAAUGCGAACAGUAAAGCCCGGAGCUGUUUGGAUGUCCGACAGUUCUACAGCGGGAAAGGCUUCACCCUCAACGGGGUGCCACAGACAGAGAUAUCUGGUGAGCACCUGCGGAUCUGUCCCCAGGGGUACACCUGCUGUACCAGUGCCAUGGAGGAGACCCUGUCCAACCUGAGUCGCAGGGAGUUUGAGGGGCUGGUCAGAGAGGCAGGACGCUCGCUACAGGCCUCCCUCAACACACAGUACAGGAGCUUCGACACGUACUUCACAGACCUCUUGAACAGAUCCGAGCGUUCCCUUCAAGACUCCUUCCUGGCCACGCUGGGCUCUCUCUACUCCAAGAACGCCCCUGUGUUCCAGGACCUGUACGCUGACCUGCGUCGCUACUACCGUGGCUCCGCUGUCAACCUGGAGGAGACGCUCAACGACUUCUGGGCACGGCUGCUGGAGCGCCUGUUCAAGGUCUCCUCCCUCCCGCAGUACACCCUCACUGACGACUACCUGGAGUGUGUGGCCAAGCAAACGGAGACCCUGCGGCCCUUUGGGGACGUCCCCCGUGACCUCAAGCCCAAGGUCACCAGGGCCUUCGUGGCGGCGCGGUCAUUCGUCCAGGGCUUGACUGUCAGUGGGGAGGUGGUCCGCAAAGUCUCCCAGGUUCCUCUGAGCCCAGAGUGUACCCGUGCUAUGAUGAAGCUUGUGUACUGCCCCCACUGUAGAGGCCUGGCCUCCGUCAAGCCCUGUGCCAACUACUGCAGAAACGUCAUGAAGGGCUGCCUUGCCAACCAGGCCGACCUGGACACCGAGUGGCAGAACCUCGUCGACACCAUGCUGCAGGUGGCGUCUAGUUUCAGUGCUGACCCCAGUGUGGAUGUGGUCAUCUACUCCCUCCCCAUCCGCAUCUCAGAGGCCAUCCUCUACAUGCAGGAGAACACAGAGGUCUUCACCAGCAAGGUGUUCCAGGCCUGUGGGACCCCCAGGGUGGCAGACACACAGAGCUCAGGGUCUGAGGAGAGAAAGAAGAGAGUGAACCCUGCCAGCACCGCAAUGGAGUACAAACCCAGCCCCACCGUAGGGGUCCCACUGGAGAUGCAGAUAUCUGAUGUGUCCAGUAAGCUGCGGGAGAUGCAGCAGUACUGGGUCCAGCUGCCAGCUGCUCUGUGCAAUAGUAAAGUGGCAGCAGGAGCAGCUGGUGACAAGUGCUGGAAUGGCAUGACCAAGGCCAGGUAUCUUCCUGAGGUGAUGGGUGACGGCCUGGCCAGCCAGAUCAAUAACCCUGAGGUGGAAAUUGACAUCACCAAGCCAGACAUGACUAUCCGCCAGCAAAUCAUGCAGCUGAAGAUCAUGACCAACCGGCUGAGGAACGCCCUCAACGGCAACGACGUGGACUUCCAGGAUGCCAGUGAUGACAUCAGCGGUUCAGGAAGUGGAAUGUGUACAGGCGAGUCAUGUGCUCGUAGCGGACCUCGUGUCAUUGUGCCCAAAACAGACAGCACCAGAUACUACAAUCCUCCUGAGAACAAGAAGGUGAAGGGCACAGGAACCCAGACCCACCCCUCUAUCCUCCUCCCCCUGCUCUCAUUGGCCACACUGCUGCUCAGGCGAUAAUGAACAGGUGGUGCAUCCAAUUGAGACUGUGUUUUGAGAUGGAAUAGAAGAGGAAAAAUGGGCGAUUGGUGGGUAACUUUGCCAAAUAGGAAAGGAUUGUCAUUGAAUAAAUGGACUACCUUUUAUUUUGAUGAGAAAAAAACAAAGAACAUUAAUAUUCCUUGUUUUUUUGUUGCUUGUUUAUAUUUUUUUAAUGUGGCAAGUAGAGCUGGUCUUUGGCUUAUUUUUAUUGUUUCUAUGCUUGGGUGGUGAACAAGGAUGGUUCACAUGCUAGAUGUGAUGUUUGGAUGCCACAGGCUUCUUAGUGAAUAUGCCAUUCUAAUGUAAAGUCAAUGUGAUCUUGUUGCAAUGUUCUAGCAAUGCCAAUAACAGCGAUGUUGUGAGAACACUGUGAAAGCCGGUUUGGUGCGUAUCUACAGUAUGCUCAUCCAACACAUUAGUUUGUUUUUUUACUCAAUCACAGUGACAAGGGAAUGUGGAUCUCUCAAGUAUCUAUUACAUAACAAAAUUAUGGUUUAUUGUAAAACCCUUGCAUCAAUAGCACAUUAAUUAACACAGCAGCAGUGACAUAUCUAUCUUAAUUUGACCUUCUCACAAAAGGACAAUAAUCUUGUAGCAACAGGAAAUGUGAAUUAUUAUGUGGAUUAUAAUUAAUAUACAUUUUUGUAGGGGUGGAUACAUUUUUUUCAUUAGGGCAAAUCAAGUCUGACAUUUUAAAGUGGAAAUUACAAACUUUAGAAGCCUUUUAAAAACUCUUAAGUUUGCAUUUCCUGCUGCACAGGGACAUUCUCUGUGAUAACAGAGUGAUUAAAUGAAGAUAGGAGAUCUGUAGGUCUGUGAAAGCAGGUGGGUAUAGUAUAACAAUCUAGCCGUUCUCUAUUGAAGGACUGUAGAAAGCCGCUUCCGUCAUAUUAGGCCUGGAAGCCUCUCUGUGUCUGAUAUUUUAUUUGAUCAAUCUGGUCUUCAAACUUCUAAAAUCCACCAUUCUGUUAGCAGUCAAGGUGACGCACAGCUCACUUAGCCCGCAACACACAGAGUAUACACACUUCAAAAUAAGCCCAACACGCAUACAGAUCACAAGAAGAAUUUUAAGCAUAGCCGUUGGUUAGUGUUGUUCACUCAACACAUCCUGACUACCCGUCAAAAAAAGGAGAGGUGCAGCUUUUUAUACAUAUUUCCUAUCUUGUAAUAUGAUGUAAUCUAUUAUCACUAAACCAAAUUUAGGGGUUUGAACCUUCCCCGCCUGCCAUAUGCACAGUUGACUACAGCUGGAUGUGGAGAAGGAAUGCCUUGACUAAAUCACUGUCACACGUUCUCCAAACGUUGCUAGAAUGUUCCAGGCAGCACAGUGACAUUGUAAUGAAGGUGUAGUCAGUGAUGGGAGUGCAUUGUUGUUGGAGCUGGCUCAUGUUCCCUCCGUCACACACAGGAGGACAAUUUCAAAGUGUCUGUGUGUGUGUACAGUUACAGUCUGUCAUAGCAGAGAAUAAAUCUGAUGUAGUGGCA